AUGUCCGUAUAUGGGAACGGCGGUGACCACGAGUGGACUCCAUCGUUUUCCCCGCCAUUAUACGUACAGCGGGCGCAGAAAGUGCAAACUUUACUACGGGAGAAUGGGUGUAGCUCGUUCAUUGAUGCCGGUUGUUCGAGUGGCGGACUGCUACGCCAUAUACUGACCUCCCAGUUACAAGAACAUUCUUUCAGUCGCGCGCUCGCGAUCGAUUUGGACAAAGUGGCGUUGCAUGAAGCCAAAGAAGCGAUAACAGCACUAGGAUUCUCAUCCCCCGUUGCACUUCUGCACCCCAUGCACGUUGAGUUCGUUCAAGGGGACCUCACGAAACCACCGGUCUUCACUCCGUUUGAAGAAGACAAGGAAAGGGAACGGGAAAUCGGGAAAGAGGCUACACAACUGGGAGAAGCGGUUCCUCGCACCCAGUUAUCACACCAAUAUGAUGCCGUUAUCUCCAUUGAAGUGUUAGAACACAUAAAUGUUAGUGAUGUUCCCCUCUUCACCGAGGUCCUUUUUGCCCACCUUGCCGCGGCUUGCGGUGCGCGGGUUGUAGUCAUUACAACACCCAAUCGUGAUAGAAAUGGUAUUGGUAAUGCCAAGAGUAAUGUGACCGGUCAGUUAGGAGGUAGCAUUCAACCGCGGUUGAACGGUGCUCCUCACUCUUUGCCAGGUUUACCGUACAACGUGAGACACGAAGACCACAAGUUUGAAAUGACGGCGGCGCAGUUCCGACGAUACUGUGAUUACGUCAUAGAAGCGUAUCAUCCACGCUGGGUAUCUUACACACUGUUUGGAGUUGGGGAGAUGUUUACACAGGGUUCAAUUUUUCAUGCAGGUCCUGAUCGUGUCGCAGUGCGUCGCCAGAAGGUACUGCCAUCCUUACCUGUCACGCUUGAUGCGUUAAAAGAGACACGAUUCCCCCUCUCCCAGCUGUCGGGUGUCCCCCCAUUAACGCCGUCCGACGCAGGAGGGAGUGAGAUCAAUUGGACACAUGAUAUGCUUGCUCGGGGUCGUCUUUUCCCAUGGGAGGAAGUCUUUGGUGAACUGUCAACGCGACCAGACGAAGACAUGUUGUGCUGCAUCAGGACGACCUCUCCUUACUGUAGCCUACCUCCCGUCGAAAUGCCAUAUAAACCGCUAUGGAACCGGAUGGGGGAAGCUGUACGCGGUGCCUUCGCCGCUGCUGCGAGUGAGGAUGAGGUCGUGCAGGAGCAUGACAGUUAUUUGUCAUUUGCGGAUGUGAGCGUCAAUUACCACUAUCGAUUUUUUGCUCCGUUCAACGCGAGUCUUUGCGCGCUAAUAUCGUGUAUGCUGAGGAAAGUGCACCGGCGAAAUGGAAUUUGGAACCCAAACGAUCGUCCAGCACGUCCUCUCGUCAGGUGUUCCGAAUCCGCCUCGGGUUACGUGCGUCUUGUCCUAGCGUGGAUUCUUUACGACUGCUGGGGCGUAGAUGCCCUUAAACGAGGCGUGGGAGACGACUCUUAUGGGUCCGCGCGUCGUACUCUAUCAAGUGAUGAAAUGAAAGUGCUGUUGUUUUUAUCCUCUUUGGGAUUUUUUCCAGGCUCUGUGCACCACCUCCGGAGCGUGCUUCAUCGAGGACGUUUGCUUACAGGUAGCGGUAGGCGAAGAGGGGUUGGAGGCAACAGGCGAGCAGCGAGUGCAACAUCAGGUUGCAGUUCUGAGAUUGACAAGGCUAACCGGGAAAAGAUCCGAUGGCUUUCCUACGCUCUUUUCCAGCACGGCGUUAGUGCACGUCACAUCGCGAGUUGCUGGAAUAAUGUGGCGUAG